AUGCCCGUCAUCAUCAAACCAGACCCGGACUCCCCGAGCGGUACGAACCGCGACCCGGUUACUUCCUCGCCCUUCUCCCUGCUCUCCAAAGCGUCGCCAACCCACAAGCUCUACCCUAUUCUACGCUCAUCGUUUCGUGAUCGCCACUCUACGCGCCCCCCCUCCUCCAUUGCACCCGACAAGAAUGGCUUUGCCCAUACCGUCAUCCGCGCCUGGCAGCAAGACUUGCAUCUCAAGCUCCGGCCCGACGAUGUAUGGCUCGCCAUCCUGACCCAGUUCAGUUUCUUCGUCAACGGGAACGCCGAGGCGCUCCGUCCCAUCUUCGUUACUCACGAAGGCCAAGAGGAGCUCCUCGUCCAUGUGGAGGGUACCAUCGGGUCUGUCGACUAUGGUGUUAUCGCACAGAAGCUGGCUGCCAUGGCGAAGGAACGCCUCGUUGAUCCCAAUAUCGCCACCACCCUGUUGCCCAACUUCACUACUACGACACCGGACGACCGAGCCGUCGCUUCUAUGGUGUUUAUGGGUGUUGUUAACGAGUACUUUGCCUAUCGCGUGAGAUUCGGCUGCGGGUUCCCGUCAGUGACCUUGUUGGGCGAGCCAGGCGAUUGGGCCGAUAUGCUUGAACGCGUAGCUUGGUUCGGUACCCUCGGUCACGAGGAGACCAACGCGUGGACUAUACGGCUGACCAAAGUCCUCGAGUACAUGGUGGCCAGCUUCGACUCCCCAGACGACGCCAAUAUCAAGGACUUUUGGGCAUGUGCCGUCCAUGAGGCAAAAUCAGGCAUGUCUGGCGGUAUCGUGACUCUGUCGGGAUGGCUGUCGGCGUUUUGUUGGUGGGAUGGCAGUGGCGAGAGAAUGAGGAGCUACACGGAUGAAGAGCUGGCGAGAAAACAUCUGACCGGAUACCGCCGCUUGACCCUGGACGACGUCGAGUUUCCCGUCAUCGAACGGAAAGAAGUCCCUCCAGGCGUUGUGGCUGUCCCCAUCACGCUUUGCCAGGCGGAACCCACCAAGGCGGUCCUCGUGGCCGGGUCGAUGGGGAUGCAGGUGACUAAGGAGGGAGAAGGCCAAACUGUGGCUCAACCUGCUUCGGGCUGGUGGCUGUUGGCCGACCGCGGAGAAACAUUUGGAAGACCACGGAGAACAAAGGAGGAAAUAGAAGCUGAGAAAGAGAAAAAGCGCCGUUGGGACGACAUGACGCCCAUCAUGGUACAGCCCCACCCGGGAGGAGUUAAAGCGUGGAGACGAUCGCGGGAGUGA